AUGUCAUCUGCCCUUCAGUGUCAUACAAUGAGAAAACAUGAGGAACCUAAACUUCAAUAUAAAGUUGCAGCGGGAGCUACAAAAGAAAUCCUGUUUUCAAUAUCUGUAUCACCAUCCCAUUAUCAUCAAGAUUCUAGGGUGCGCAAACAUAAAUGCCUGCUGUCCACAUGGACUGAAGACCCCAACAGCUAUAUAACCUGCAAAGUAACACUAUCUGUCUGGCCGAAUGGGCUGUUYUUUUAYAACUGCUCUUCCUAUAAAAUGGGACAACUUUCUGUGGUACAGCAAAGCAGCCACAUGGGUACGCAAAUAAGACUMAAAAAUAUUGGACCCAAAUCUCUAUAUUUAGUGAACUCCUCUUGCACGCCCGCGAUCUUGACACUGACCCAUACCAAUAAGUACAAACGUCUGUCAGAGGGAGAGGGUUGGACACUAGAUUUUCCUGCAUCUUGCGAUGGCCGCAUUGGUGUGAACUACAAAGGACAGUGUUUYGUAUCGGUAUUCCAUGUGUGUUUAAAAACUCAAACGUUAAUCGAGGAUAUCAAGUUUGAUUUCAUGGAUGGCGAAAUCAAAGAAUGCGAACAUCGAAAGAGCAUGUAUUCAGCUUAUCGUCAACAUUGGUUGGCUUCGCUUGUAGGAAUGAAUCAMUUGAGUACAGCYGCUUUGGUCGCAGUCAUAGUGAUGCUCAUACUGGCUAUGCUAUCAACAUUAGCUUUGAAGUUUCUACUCAUCUUAUAUCGCUAUGGGUCAAUUGAUCAAGCCAAGAACGAGUUUCAMCAAAGAUUUAAAGUGAUGUUUCAAAAUCAUGCAGACGACAAAAACUGAGUUACAUGUUCUUUAAUAAAUGUCAUGGAGGAGAAACAUUAAWAUAAGUCUGUAACUGUUUGCAGCGGCAAUAUAGUAAAACAGGGCUCA